CUGCUUAUUGCGGAAUCGCGAAAUAGUAUGUGUUGUUCGACAGUAAGGUCGUAUUUGUGUCAUAAUUCGCGUAAAGAGGAGGCCGACAUAAGUUAGCCUGUUAGCUCGCUUUGCUAUCCGUGUUUAGGUUACUAGACACAAGCCAGACUCGGUAUUUGAAACAACACAAUUGGCCUACAUUCUAUUUAACUGAGCACAACUCAAAGUAUAACAAAAUGGACAUGUACUCUGCGUAUAGUAUAGCGUUUCAAUCCAUAGUACGAAGAUGUUUACUCCAAUUUAUACAUAUUCGUAAUAUCACAACGUAAAUUAGUUUUGGAUAAUGUGUUUGUUUUGAAACUGUCAUUUUUCCUACUGGAGUUGAAUGAAAAAAUCAAGACUUAAACACAGACAUUGACGUUGCGUUGAGAUCUUGCCGCUAAAAUGGGAGAACGAAAAGGAACUAACAAAUACUACCCUCCGGACUUCAAUCCAGCCAAGCAUGGGUCCCUCAAUGGCUACCAUAAAACCCAUGCCCUCCGCGAGCGAGCUAGGAAGCUGUCACAGGGUAUUCUCAUCAUCAGGUUUGAGAUGCCUUACAACAUCUGGUGUGACGGCUGCAAAAACCACAUCGGCAUGGGGGUGCGUUACAAUGCGGAGAAGAAGAAAGUGGGCAACUACUUCACCACGCCCAUCUACAGGUUCCGGAUGAAGUGCCACUUGUGCAUCAACUACAUCGAGAUGCAAACGGACCCGGCGGCGUGCGACUAUGUCAUCGUGAGCGGCGCCAGCAGGAAGGAGGAGCGCUGGGACAUGGCGGAAAACGAGCAGAUCCUCACCACAGAGCGCGAGGAAAAGGAGAAGCUGGAAACGGACGCCAUGUUCAAGCUGGACCACGGUGGGAAGGACAAAGAAAAGCUUGUCAAGGCGCUCCCUUCGCUGGUGGAGCUUCAGGACUACCAGGCUGGCUGGAAGGAUGACUUUCAGCUCAACAGCGCCCUCCGCAGGAAGUUCAGAACGGAGAAGAAGGUGAUAGCGGAAAAGGAGGAGAAGGACGACGCGGUGAGGGCGAGGACCAACCUGUCCAUCCCGCUACUCCCCGAAAGGGACGAGGACAAGAAGCUGGCGGCUCUGCUCAGCUACCAGACGCCCAACUCCUACGAGGACAGGCAGCGCUGCAAACGCAAGGAGAUCUCCUCACGCUCGUGGUUCAGCCCCACCCCGACCACACCAGGCGGCUCCACCGGGGGUCUGCUCCACAAACUGGGCCUUCAAGGGAAAGAAGCCGCAAUGGCCAAAGCGCUGAGCCCUUCCCAGCUCAUCCGCAAGCCCUGCGCCGCGCUCGCCCGCAGGAAGUCCGACCCCGGGGAGGAGUCACAGGCGCGUCAACGGCAGGAAGCAAGUGAGAUGAUCCGCACUAACGAGGAAAAAUUCGAGGAGGCCCCAAUAACUCAGGACUGUGAGAAGACACAGAAGCACACCAGUUUGGGGAGCUUGGGCUCUCUGGUGCCGAACUACAGCGACUCCGACUCUGACCACGGACACUGAGAAGAAUCAGAUUUUUGUUAUUUAUUGCUGGAAUUAGAGGCUGAAGCUCAAGAAGUGGGGUGGUCAAGGUUUCUCCAAUGAGUCCGCUUACAACACCGCUAUGCUAACAGGACAUGCAGUGUUCACCUAUUGAUUUUCUCUCCCAAACACAAGCUGAUUUCACAUACCUGGCGGGAAGCGAGGACCCGUGGUACUUUCAGAACAGUUGCGUCAUCAAGUGGAACGACUCGGGUUUUAAGCAAGUCUGAUGUUCGGAUUGCCGGAAUGUUGGGAGUCAUUUUUCAAGUGGAAAGCCCCCCAUCGUGGAAGCUCAUUCAGUGAUGCAAAGUGCCUCAUAUAGUGGACGCAAAUAAUCCCUUUGGAACAUUGGAGAAUAAAAUUAAAUUUCAACUUGG